UUUUCCACUCGGGACAAUGAAGAUGUUUAGAAGAGUUCCCAAAGUAACAAGUCUGCAACAGCAUAAAACCCACAAAAAAACUGUUGUUUAGGAAGGAAAUCUAUUCCAUAAAAUUUGGAAGAUUUCCUCUCUGCUCCUCUUCUGAUUUUUGAAGCCUGAGCUGUAACCGGUCACGAACACUGGCGUGUGGACAGGAUUGGAAGCAAAUGGAUCCCACCAGCAGCAGCUGCAUGCGCAGUCCACAACCUCCUGCCCCGCUUUGGGGGUGCCUGCGGAGCACCCCCGCAGAUGUCAGCACAGCAGCAGGGCUGAACCACUACCCACCGGCACCGUUCUCCUUCCGUCAAAAAUCAGAUUUUGCUGCUUACUCUGAUUUCUCAACCUCCUGCCUGGUGACUGCUCCCCAUAGCUUCCCGCGUGAGGAGCGAGCGUUUGUGGAGCAGCACCCCUCCUUCCAACACUCUGACUGGCAUUUUGCAGCAACUGAGGCCAGAAGACGACUAAACCCAGGACUGGCCUUGGGUUCUGAGGAGUCAGAAGGCAGCAGCCCAAAUCUAGUGAGUGCGGCAGUGGGUAUGACUGAAGACGAUGAGGUACCUGUAAAUACUACAAAUGAGACUGAGAAAAAGUCGUCCAAAAGAAAAAAGGAAAACUCAGAAAACCAGAACUCAAGCAGCAAGGCAGAAACGAGCAGCAAAUCCCGGAAGGAAAGGACAGCUUUCACAAAGGAGCAGCUACGGGAGCUGGAAGCUGAAUUUGCCCACCAUAACUACUUGACAAGGCUCAGGAGAUAUGAGAUAGCUGUGAACCUGGAUCUCACCGAGAGACAAGUCAAAGUAUGGUUUCAAAACAGAAGGAUGAAGUGGAAACGUGUUAAAGGUGGGCAACCGGUGUCACCGCAUGAACACGACCCAGAAGAUGGGGACUCAGCUGCCUCCCCCAGCUCUGACUAGUUCUUGCAGCAACGGGAGAGGAGUACGGGGAAAGUAACUGAUCAGAAAGCGGAUGCAACACUGCUCCGGGUCAGCUCCACCGUGAGAUGAGCCUGCUCGCAAAACCUGUAGCCCUGAGUCUUUAAAAGGUGUAUGACGCUUUAGUUUACAGAGGCGAUUAAAGGACGCAGGGGAAAAAAGCCAAAGGAGGGCACAAUUUUGAUUUUUGUCUGAAUGAAUUUAACUUUCUCUGGAAUUGUCUUACUACCACAGCUGUGUCUUCAGAAUAAAAGCUAACGAACACUGAAGGUAAAACAGGAGUAAUAUUGUCUAGGCUC